CAGCAUAUCAACAAGAACUGUAAACCUGUGUCAGCAGAGGAUCUGGCUCCUCUCAAGUGACUUUAUCACAUAAUUUAUAAUUAUGAGAAAGUGUGUGCUAUAUGCACUGCCAGACUGGGAUUAGAAUCUUGGACCCUCCGAUGACGCUCUACCAAUUUUGCUACCUCAGUACCUGGUAGCUGAUGGUCGACCAACUAGUCCAGUUCCCAUACUUUGCCAACUAUUUACAACCUAGAUUGGGUAUCCCCUUGCCAAGCAUUCAUCCAGUGUGCUUGACACAAAAGUUGGCAAGCUUGCCAGUUUUUGUAACAGGAGAAAGAAAAAUGCACAGCCUGACCGGAAUUCAAAUCCGUGACAAUCCAAACUCUAGACGGAUAUUCUACCAAUUGAGCUAUCUGAUCGCUGACCAUCGACCCAGUCCAAUUCUGCUACACUAUUCACAGUGGUAGAAAAGUCAUGUGGAAGACAACAGGACUGAUUGUUAUGGCUGCCAUUGAGAGAAAGACAAGCUAUUUCAUAGCCAAGUGCGACAGUAUAGCAUCUUUACGUAAAUGUAUCGAUACAUCCAGAUGGGCAUGUAGAAAUCGCAAGGUACCUCCACACCCCAGCGAACUCCUCACCAACGCCCAAGCUAUUAGUGAUCAUGUUAUCAUUAUUUUCAGUGUAAACAAUUGCCAUGGAUGGCAUGGUUAUGCUGAAAUGGUGAGUGAUGUUGAAACCAAUGGCAGGACCAACUGUUCUUCUGACAGGACCAACACCAAAUGUGAUUCUAAGACAAUACAUUCGUCUGAAACAAUGGAAAAUAAACAACUACGUGAGGAAAAAACUACUGAUUGGAAGUUCUUUGAUGUCAAAUGGAAGAAACAUUUUCUGAAUGACUUUGGUGAAAGAUGCCUCAGGUCUAAGGACACAGACAAUGAACAGUACAUAUUGACAGAUGGCACACCUUUGAAUAAAGCCCGGAACUGGCAGGAAGUACCAUGUGAUAUUGGAAGGAGUCUGUGUAUUUUGAUUGAUAAUUUUUAUGAAGAAUUGAAAACCAAACAACAAGAAAAAAUGAAGAUGAUAGAGGAAAAUAUACCCCCUGCAUUUUUCCAUUCCUCAGAUGAAGUGGAUUUGAUGAAUGAAAACUGGUUAAAGAUAUCGGUGAAAAUCACAAAGGAACUGGGCAACAUUAUAAUGGCAUGUCCUUUUGGCAGCAGAAGGUAUAACUUACACACCUCUACAAGUGAUAUGGACAUGUUCCUGGUGUACCAGGCAAAGACGCGUGACAUCCUGGGAUUUAACCCUCCCAAACAAACUCUUAAGAGCAAUGAGCGAGAGUCAUGUGAUUUUACCAUCCAUGAGAUUUUCCGUUUCGGAGAGCUGCUGAUGUCUGGUGACCAUCGCUGUGUGGAGACACUGUUUGUCGCAGAAGAUACACUGGUCCACACAAGUCCAGCAUUUCAGCAUCUACAGCAACAUAAACACCUGUUUGUGAACAGAAACUGUCUUGAUAAAUACCUUCGUGAUGCCUGUGGUAGCAAGGGAACAAAACAGCUGCAACGCAUGACAGACGGACAUUCACCAACAGAAGCCCUUUCUGACCGCAUGUCAAAGCUGGCCUAUAUCAUCAUACGCCUCUUACAGAAUGCAGCGGACAUCGUUAGAGGUGGGCCUAUCAUAGUAUACAGGCCAGAGGUCUCAGCAGAAAGGGUGAUGUUGAUGAAGAUUCGACAAGGCACACCGUCAAUAGGGGAGACCUGGAACGAGAUUAACAGACUGCUGUCGUAUGUAGAGGAGUACAAGGCAGGUGUGCCAGACCACACUGACGACAUGACCACCUUCCUGGAGGCGUGGCUAAUCCAACUCAGGCGAGAACAAUUCUCAUAAGCCAAAUGUAUUUCUCUUAGAUAGUUAAAUUUGUAUAAAGUAAUUUAAUACUGUUUAUUUUUAUAAAAAUAAAAUAUUUUAC